UAAUCUUUGGUCUCAGCUGCUGCCCCCGUCGGCGGAGCGCCCGGCGCGGCCCGCCUUACUCACUCACUCAGUCCGCCCGCCCGACGCCCGGCCGUGCUCCCCGCACACAGAGAGAGAGAGACCCUGGCAGGCCAGGGACGCGGCCUGCAGCGUGAUAACAGAGUGACUGGAGCUGAGCAGAUGAACCGUGAAGGUGCCCACGGGAAGACUCCCGAUGAGAUGUACAUCCAACAGAAGGUGCGAGUGCUGCUUAUGCUGAGGAAGAUGGGAUCAAAUCUAACUUCAAGCGAAGAAGCUUUUCUACGAACUUAUGCCGGAGUAGUGAACAGUCAACUUAGCCAACUUCCACAGCAUCCAAUUGAUCAGGGUGCAGAGGACGUUGUGAUGGCUUUCUCCAGACAAGAAACCGAGGACAGGCGGCAAUGAAUGGAUGGGGCGGCAGGCAGCAAGACUGUGGACAAUUCUUAUUGCAGAUUCCAGAGUGCUCACAAGUUUCUUGAUUCUCAUGUACUUUAGCAUUACGGCAAUGCCUGUGACUGCCAGUGUCGUUCACCUGGACUGCUUCUAACGGCAAGGGGGGCAAAAAGACCCACCGUCUUUUUGGUUGGUCAAAGGGAUAUGCUGUCCUCUUGUGUUUUAUUUUAAUAUGUGUGUGCAUUGUCUUUACUUUUUCAAAGUACAUGGAGGCUGCUGCAGCCAGGGUGUUGCGUGAUUCGAGCUGAUCCUCUGCCCCGUGAUGCUCUCCGUUCAAGCUCCACUCGUGCACUCCCGCCAUGGAAGGAGAUGCCAUGUUUUCCAGUUCACGCUGGCGGGUUCUGUGGAGAAUUAACUGACGUCACGUGUUCUUUUCCAGCAGCUUAAUAAACACAACAAACGCCAAAAACUCCUCUUUUGAAACCGCACUGCAAGGAACAAAUGAAACGUUAAUUUAAGUUUCGCUUUUAGGUCCUCCUAAUGUGGUCAUUUGCUCCUUUUGUAUCAGCGAUAUAGCUGCUUGAAACAAAAUCUAAUACCUUGGACAAUUUACAAUGACCAAAAAUGUAUUGGACAUGCCCUUACCUCACAUGCCCUUCUUCUAAGGAAAAUGGCUGACACUGAAUAACAUCUACUUGAAGGAAACACUCCAGAGGACAUACGCAACAUAUUUUACAAACCGAUUUAAGCAACAAGGCAGCAGGCCACCAGGGAGAGAUCUGGUUUUAAUGAUCCAUGCACCUGGUUACUGAGUUGUGAGGAUGCUGUUACUGUGGUAACCAUCCCCAGUGUGGUGUCACUGGCCUCGUGAGACCAAGGGCAUCCAUUUAAUAGAUACCUCUGUACCCGAGCCCUUGGUGUCUGCAAAGUGGAAGUUCUCUUAGCCGUAUUUUACUUUUUGUGGGACAGCAGAAAGACAAAAUCUGUCUUGUUGAAGACAAGUUUUGACUGCGUCCUGUUUUUUUGGAACCUCUUGGGCUUUGCUCUCUUUGAGUGAAGCAAAUGGUGCAGGUGUAUGUGUGUUUUUGUUUUGAAAACCUGCUUGGAUGUCGGGUGCCUGAUAUUGUAAAUAUCUACACUGUUGCCACAGGGUAUUUCUUGAAACUGGGUACUUCUAAAUUGGUUAUACCGAGGCAGAUUUCUAUGUGCCGAGGUCUACUAUCCUUGAUUUUGGAUCAUUGUUAAGAAAAUCCAUUGAUUACUUUUUUCCAUGCAAAAAUACCCCGUUGUCACAUAUAAUGAGGGCGAUCUGAUUCAGGAGGCAGGGUUCUCGGCUGCGAGACCCUCCAAAUUGGUCAUAAGCGAUUAAACCUGCCCUGCAACCAAACUCCAUCCCGUCCCUUCCUCCACCGCUUAGUAGAAUGAAAGUGCACAUCCUGCUCCUCAAUGGGCAGAAGUUCAAGCCCAUUUGGUGUAGCUUUCUAUACAAACCGAUGGCAAAUCUCUUGACCAUGUGUCAGCCUCCUCGAUCUGCAGACAGACACACAGUGUUUGAUCCAAAUCAGUGUAGGAUUAAUAGGGAUGUAAUAAAGGACUGCCUUGCUGGAGAUGUUGCUGUAUCACAAGGCGUUCUGGAUGAAGACCCUCUUGUGACUUUGUAUUGUGCAUCCAUUAAUCAACACAAUAGAUCAUGUACCUCAUGUCUUUUCCCCCUCCUCCCUUCCCCACUCUCGCGUCCCCUUACCCAAAUAGCUUGGCAAACAAGAUCAUUUUGUACUCUUUAACAAUGGCUGUUGUUCGGUUGGCAUCCUCCCAUCUGUGUCAGGUAUUAGAUAAUGCAGUUUUUCAAACAUUGGUGAGGUUGGGUGUUGUGAGAAUUCUAUGAUUGUUGAUCAUUACUGGUUAGAAUAAUUGAAAAUACAUUGAGAACUGUCAUGUUAAACCUUGA